AUUACAAUUGUCUGUGGCAUCAGUCGAUUUCCGGCGGGUUUAAAGACCAAAAAACUUCUCUUUCAACUCCCAAUUCAAUUACUUCUACCAGUAAUAACUAGUCAACAAAUUGAAAGAAGCUGUUAUGGUUUGCCCACUCCCCUCUGUACCAUUUUGUAUGAUCCCUUCCUCGAAUGUCGAACAACGGCACCCCUUACGAAGUUCGUCGAAACCCGUUUCAGAACAACUCUUUCGUAAUUUUAACUCUCCAUUUGAGCUCCGACAAGUGCAUACCGUUGUCGUAAAAACCGGUACACCUCUUUCAGAUCUCCCACUAUCCCGUGUUGCAUCUGUUUGUGCUCUUACUCCUAGUUUUCUUUAUGCCGAACAAAUCUUUCGGCAAGUUAAUCAGCCGACAACUUUUAUAUGGAAUUGUUGCUUAAAAGAUUACGCAGAGAGUGAUUCUCCAUUCGAUGCUAUUUUGCUGUUUGACCAAUUGCAAAGGCACAAUGUGUGUCCCGAUAGUUUUACUUGCUCCUUCGUUCUCAAGGCGUGUGUGAAGUUACAGGAUCUUUUCCAUGGGAGAAUGGCUCAUGCCUUGGUCGAGAAACUCGGGUUUCAGUUGAACUUAGUUCUUCAAAAUGCAAUCUUGCAUUUGUAUGCAUCGUGUGGGAACAUAAGGGACGCAUAUCUAGUGUUCGAUAAUAUGCCUCAACGAGACAUUGUUACUUGGAAUACGAUGAUCACGCAGCUAGUGAAGAGUGGCGAUAUUAAUUCGGCAUACGAAAUGUUUCUACAAAUGCCUGAAAGGAAUGUGAGGUCGUGGACUGCUAUAAUUUCGGGUUUCGUUCAGUGUGGGAAGCCCAAGGAGGCAAUCGAACUUUUCUCGAAAAUGGAAGAAGUUGGAUUGAGACCCAAUGAGGUGACUGUGGUGGCUGUUUUAGCAGCCUGUGCUGAUAUCGGAGCACUCGAUCUUGGGACUAGAAUUCAUGAAUAUUCAGACAAGAGUGGCUUCAAGAAAAACAUCCACAUUUCUAACACCCUGAUUGAUAUGUACAUCAAAUGCGGAUGUCUAGACGCAGCACAUCGCGUAUUCGAGGGUAUGAAAGAACGAACAAUUUUCUCAUGGUCAGCCAUGAUCCAAGGGCUAGCAAUUCACGGAAAAGCAAACGAAGCAUUGGAGCUCUUCUUCGAAAUGAUUCAGACAGGAAUGAAGCCUAAUGGAGUCACCUUCAUCGGACUAUUGAACGCUUGUAGUCACAUGGGAUUGAUAAACGAGGGUCGUGAAUUUUUCUAUAGCAUAACUAGAGAUUACAGAAUUGUUCCAAGCAUUGAACACUACGGUUGCAUGGUUGACCUAUUAAGCCGGGCCGGGCUUCUAGAAGAGGCCCGUGAUUUCAUCGAAGAGAUGCCUAUAAAGCCCAAUGCCGCUGUAUGGGGUGCUCUUCUCGGCGGGUGCAAAGUCCACAAGAACAUCGAAAUGGCUGAACUAGCAAUGAGACACUUGCGUGAAUUGGAUCCGUUAAACGAUGGCUAUUAUGUAGUUCUAGCAAAUAUAUACUCUGAAGCAAAGAAAUGGGAGGAUGCUGCUAGAGUGAGAAAGUUGAUGAGAAAGAAAGGUUUGAAGAAGACAAUUGCAUGGAGUUCGGUAACCGUAAAAGGUGCGGUCCAUGAGUUUGUGGCUGGGGACGAGACACAUCAUCAAUCCGAGAAGAUAUAUAGCAUGUGGAACGAGUUAUUAGUGCAUAUGAGAUCGAAAGGCUAUGUACCGAAUACCUCGGUUGUGCUACUCGAUGUGGAGGAGGAGGAAAAAGAGAAGGUUUUGUUUCGGCACAGUGAGAAACUAGCGUUGGUUUUUGGGCUUAUUAGCUCGCCGCCUGGACAAACGAUUCGAAUUUUCAAGAAUCUUCGUGUGUGUGAAGAUUGUCAUGCUUCUUUCAAGUUGAUAUCGGAGAUUGUGGAUCGAGAAAUAGUUGUGCGUGAUCGAAACAGAUUUCAUACUUUUAAAGAUGGUUCUUGUUCUUGUAGGGAUUAUUGGUAGUUCGCAUUUGUACUCACUUUUGCUUCACUGUAAACUCGAAAGGGAAAAACUGAAGAUGCAGAGAGCUGUUCUUAUGAAGUGAGUUAAGAAUCAACAAGCAAUGCUUUGGUUUCUAUAUACGGGAAAUCUUCCAGAAGAAGCUAUCAAUGAUCUUGGCUAGUUCGUGCCUGAAUAAUUUCUGGGAAAGAUGCUUGCAGCCGCUGAUCGAUUUGAUUUCAAAAGACUUAAAAAAAAACUAUGUGAAUUGCGCAUUGGUGGUUACUGGAUAUAAAUAAUGGUAUGAAUUGUAUAACAUUCUUACGUCUUUUUUUUUUUUUUGAUACACCAGUGCUGACAUUAGAAAUAUUAAAAUGUAUUUUUUUCAUCUUCAAAUUGUUCCACAGGUUUGCCUUGUUUAUACGGAGGGAAGAGAGAUUCAGAGGCGAAUCGGGUUUCAAAAGCUGGAUUAUUAUAUAUGGUGUAGCUUUACAAAAGUGUCUACGGUUUGCAAAAGUGACAUCUACUGCAAUUAUAUGAUAAAACAAUUUCAAACUCUCGAAGAGAAGGAUUUUUCGACCCCGCAUCAGAUGCUCUUCUUGUUGCUGGUGCAGUACUGCUAAUUGAACACUUCUCUUUCUUUUCUUUAAGAAAAAUAGGAAAAGGUAUCGAAAAUUUUCGUUAGAAAAGGAAGAUUGUUUCAAGUGUUCCUUGUAUUUUUUUUUUGCAACGACAUUGCAACUUGAAAUGUAUGUGGAUGUUAUUUUUCAGAUAGAUUUUGUGAAUGUAAUUUGGUAAUUUGUGAAGGUUAAAAUCAAAUAUAUGUUUUGAAGAAU